AUGCCUGGAUCUGUUACCCCUACCCUCCACCCUCAGGGGGCCCCCCUAGAAGGGCCCCCAGGGGGCCCCCCAGCAGAGGAGAAGCAGCAGCUUUCGUACCCUAAAAUUGAACAAGAGAAUAUAAAGAUAACAAUUACUAAGGAGGAAGGGGACUUAGGUGUAUUAGAAUCUGCCUCUAAGAGGCAUCAGCAGCAGCAACAGCAGCAGCAACAACAACAGCAGAAGCAACAGCAACAACAGCAACACGAUAUGCAGCAGCAGCAGCAGCAGAGGCAUCUGCAGCAGCAGCAACAGCAGCAGCAGCAAGACAUGUAUACAGUCUUUCAAAAUUCUACUUUAGGGCCAAGAGAUCUUGGCUGGGCCUGUAUAAACAUUCUGCAGCAGCUCGAUGCUGCUGCUUCAGCAACAGCAGCAGCAGCAACAGCAGCUCCUGCUGCUGCUGCUGCUGCUGCGGAGCCGUCGUAUGGAUCUGCACAGCAGAAAACAGAGGACGAGGAGAAGGCCCUUCUUGAUAUCUUUACUCCAACAUGCUGCUGCAAUAAUAGCAGCAGCAGCAGCAGCAGCAGCAACAGCAGCAGCAGCAGCAGCAGCAACAGCAGCAGCAGCAGCAGCAGCAGCAGCAGCAGCAGCAAAUCAGCAGCACGUUUGCCUGCCUGGCGUCUUUUGGAGACUCUUCGAGCCUUUCUGCUGCUUUGGAGGCUCCGCGAUCCUGCGCAAGCUUCCCCAGCGACCGGAAGCAGCAGCAGCAGCAGCAGCAGCAGCAGCAGCAGCAACAACAGCAGCAGAGGGAUGACGAUUGUGUUGAAAAUUCUGCGGCGUUUUCUCUUUGAGAGCUGCGCAGUUGAAUCGCUGCUUCUCGGCAGCGGCUGCAGCAGCAGCUGCAGCAGCAGCAACAGCAGCGGCUGCAGCAGCAGCAGUAGCAGCAGCAGCAGCAGCAGCCAGGAGUGUUGCUGCUGCGACGGGUGUACGCGUGCAGGAGCAGCAGCAGCAGCAGCAGCAGGUAAGCGCAUUACUUCUGCUGCUGCUGUUGUGCGGCAGCUACUAACACUAACGGAUAUAUUUGCUGCAGCAGACACCGUGGGGGGCCCCAUGCUGCAGCAGCGGGAGGCCCCCGAGGUUGGGGGGCCUCUGUUGCAGCAGCGGGUAGCUGGGGCCCUAGCAGAAGCAUGGAGGAGACACACUGUUUCCUUGCUGCAGCAGAAGAAACAGCAGCAGCAGCAACAACAGCAGAAACAGCUGCAGCAAGAAGAGAAGCAACACAUGCAGCAAAAACAGCAACAACAGGAGAGGGAGGGGGAGAAGGAGCAGCAGCAGCAACAACAACAGCAGCAGCAGCUGCUGCUGGAGAGGGAGGGGGAGAAGGAGCAGCAGCAGCAACAACAACAGCAGCAGCAGCUGCUGCUGCAGCAAGAGGAGUGGUUGGUGGGGUGUACGCACACCUUUGUACUAAGAUGUGGGGCAAUGCCUGUUGCUGCUGCUAUGCUAGCGCCGCUGCUGCUAGAUGGGAUAGAGGUGCAGCAGCAGCAGCAGCAGCAGCAGCAGCAGCCGGAGCAGCAGGAGCAGCAGCAAGAGCAGCAGCUGCAUACCUCUCCUUCCGCUGGCUGCUGCAGCAGAUCUCCAGCUAUUUGCUUCCCCGAAUCUGCUGCUGCUGGUUGCUGUUGCUGUUGUAAUAACAGCAGCAGCAGCAGCAACACCAGCAGCAGCAGCAGCAGGGGGCAACUGGUUAGCAGCUCAUUAUAUUUGCUGCUGCGCUGCUGUCUCGUAAGGGGGGCCUCGGGGGCCCCCCUAACUAAGGCAGCACUACAAACCCUUAGUGUCUUCUUUUGCCUUAAUGGGGGCCCCCCUAAAGGGGUACUGAACCCUCUUGGGGUGUAUGUACCCUCUGCAUGGGGGGCCCUCAAGGCAGCAGCUGCUGGUGUGGCAGGGGCCCCCGGGGGGGGCCCCCUCUUAAUUCAUCUAGCAGCAAAACAAAUAGGGGGAGCAGCAGCAUCUCCUCUAGGGUUUGCUGCUGCUGCUGCACUCAUUGAUAUACUUGGAGGCGUUUGCCCCCUAAGGGGGCCCCUCAGCAGCAGCAAAACAGCAGAUGCAACAGCAGCAGCAGAUGCAGCAGCAGCAGCAGAUGCAGCAGCAGCGAGCACCAGUUGCUGCAGAGGUGACACGUGCUCAGCCUGUACUAUUCCUGAUGUUUUGCAACUACAGCAGCAGCAGCAGCAGCACCCGCUGCAGCAGCAGCAGCAGCAGAGCAUAUUUCGUGGGAUGUACAGACAGCUGCUGCAUGCGCUGCUGCUGCUGUGGGGUAGCGGAGAGCAGCAGCAUUGGCUGUCUCUAGAGCAGCAAGUAGCAUUAACAUUUAAUCUGCUGCGCUUCCUGCUGCACACAGCAGCAGCAAAAGCAGCAGCAAAAGCAGCAGCAAAAGCAGCAGCAGCAGCAGCAGCAACAGCAGCAAAAGCAGCAGAAGCAGAUGCAGCAUCACAAUCAACAUCAUCAACAACAGCAUCAUCACCAGCAUCAACAGCAGCAACAGAAGCAGCAACAGCAGCAGCAGCAGCAGCAGCAACAGCAACAGCAGCAACAAAAGCAGCAACAGCAGCAGCAGCAGCAGCAGCAGAAUUAUCAUUAGGGGACUGGGAAGCAGCACAACUAAUGGAGGGAAUUCACAUGCGUUUGCUGGCAGCAGAGGAGACACUCCGCUGCUGCGGCAUGGCAGCAGCAGAAGGGUUUGCUGCUGCAGCAUUAGGGGCCCCUAGGGUUAAUGCUGCUGCUGAAGGGGCCCCUGUACCAGGUACACUUGAUCCAUCUAAUACAGCAACUGCAGCAGCAACUGCAGCAGCAGCAGCAGCAGCAGAAGAGGAAGAGGAGGGGCCCCUUGUCUUUAGGGCCCUUGAGGAGCCGCAGCUGCUGCUGCGCUGCCCUUCGCUGCUGCCUCUCUCAUACAUCCUCAUGCCCCCCCAUAGUAAGCAGGAGGGGCCCCCAGGGGGCCCCGUAGGGGGCCCCUCAGGGGGAGCCACUGGGGGACACCUAAGGGGCGCCUUAGGGGGGCCCUGGGGGGGGCCCUGGGCUGUGUAUGGGCAGCACCCUCUGCUGCGUCAUGUAGGGGGUAUGCAGCAGGAGUUAGACCCAGGGGAGGUGCAGCAGCAAACAGCAGCAGCAACAGCAGCAGAAGCAGCAGCAACAGCAGCAGGGCCCUAUUUGGGGGGGGAGGGGGCCAUGGGGGGCCCCGCCUAUUCCCAUCUAUUGGCAGCCCUUCGUUUCUACCUUAGAGGGGCCCCUCUUAUAUCUAAGGAGGAAGGGGGGCCCCCAGAGGGGGCCCCUGAGGGUACUAUUGAAGGGGCCCCUAAGAAUGAAGGACCCAAGGGAAUGUCUGUGCGUAUUGAAUUGGAUGUAGAGGAGGAGACAGACGAGGAGACAGAAGGGGAGACAAUAAAAAAGGAGACAAUAAAAAAGGAGACAAUAAAUAAGGAGACAGAAAAGGAGACAGAAAAGGAGACAGAAGAGGAGACAGAAGAGGAGACAGAUGAGGAUGAGUUAAGACUAUCCCAGCUGCCUGACCUUCAACCCUUACCUUCUUAUCAGCAGCAGCAGCAGCAGCAGCAGCAAGGGGACCCCCUAUCCCUAGUAUCUGUUUCUGGGGCUGCGCAGCAGCAGCUGGGGGGCCUCCAGCUGCAAGAGGGGGGCCCCUAUUCCCUACAGCAGGCAUUAGAGUGGUUAGAGGGUACAGUUGCAACAGGUGAUCGUUGUGGUCCUGAUGCAGCAGCAGCAGCAAGAGCAGCAGCAGCAGCAGCAGAUCCUUACCGUAAGUGUCCCUUAGCAGCAAAUAAAAAGGAGACAAACCCCUUAGUACAUCUAAGGAGACAAGCAGCAGCAGCAGCAGCAGUUAUCCGUCUAUCUAUAAUAGAAGUGCAGCGUUAUCUAGCAGCAAAUCCCCUGGGGCCCCAUAUGGAGGCCUCCCGGGGGGCCCUUAGGGGGGGGGGGCCCAGGGCAAUCUCUUUUGGGGGGGGCCCCCAGGGGGCCCCCUUAGUAGAGUCUACUGCUGCAGGGUUUGUUACAGAUAAGAUGAAUGAGGGUUUAGCUGUGCCGCUGCUGCAUGCAAUAUUGGGGCUGGAUUGUUCGCUGCAGCCGGAGGUAAUGCAGCCAUUGGUUGCUGCUGCUGCUGCUGCAGUAUUUGCUGUCUUUUUUCCUUUGCUGCUGCAGCAGGUUGCACCAUUGCUGCUGCAGCAACAAGCAAGCGUCACACAGAAGCUGCUGCUGCUGCAGGCUAUGCAGCGAGCUGUUAGAUGGCUAAGGGAUGGGGCCCCCGCAGACGGGGGGGCCCUCCUUACAGAUAACCCGCAAAGAAAAAGAGCGCCAAAACGUCUGCAGCUGCAGCAGCUGCAGCAACAGCAGCAGCAACAGCAGCAGCAACAGCAGCAAGGGAGCCUGGUCCCUAGAUCUAUCCAGCAGCAUCAGGCUGAAGAUAAUCACCACCAACAAAAACAGCAGCAGCAACAACAACAGCAGCAACAGCAGCAGCAACUUGAGCAGCAGCAACUGCAGCAGCAGCAGCAGCAACUUGAGCAGCAGCUACUGCAGCAGCAGCAGCAGAGAAGGGGUUUAUUAAGUGAGGUUCGUGUUCGUCGUUUUGCUCGUCCUUCUUUGCCCCUAAGAGGAAAAAUAAAUUUUUUUAGUCCCUUUUUAGAUGCAGCAUUAGGGGCCCUUAUUUCUUGUUUGCUGCCUCCUGCUGCUGCUGCUGCUGCUCCCCUUUCUCCUCUGCAGCAGCAGCAGCUUCUGCAGCAGCAAAGAGCCCAUCAGCAGCUACUAGAAGAUCCCCUAUUAGUAGCAGCAAUAUUAAUGGCUAUAGGGGAGGUACUAAGAUCAGGGGGCCCCGGGGCCCCCGGGGGCCCCGCUAAGACCUGCUGCAUGCAUGCAGCAAAUCUUUAUUUAUAUUUUAGUACCCAUAAAGAUAGGAAUGUAAGAAGGGGGGCCCUCUGUGUCUUGGGUAGUGCAGCAGCAAUAGCAUCAUGGGGUGUAUUUGCUGAUUGGCUGCAGCAAACGCAUGCAGCAGCAGGAAUGGGGCCCCUAAAGUUGACAGGGUACAGUACACAGGGGGGCCCCCUACCUAACCUAACAGAGGCAGUUGCUCACCUUCCCUGGCAUCAGGAGAAACAGCAGCAGCAUCAGCAGCAUCCCCAUCAGCAGCAGGACAUACUACUGCAGCAGCAGCAACGGCAGCAGCAGCAGCAGCAGCAGCAGACAGGUGUCUCCUCUAUAGAGACAACAAAAGGGGGACUAGAGGGACUAAUAGAGUCUCUUCUUAGUAUAGCAAAAGGAGACAAAGAUGAUAUAACAAGAAGGAUGGCUAUUAAUAUAUUUAAUGAUUGGGUACAUCUUGCUAAUAAACAAUAA